UCGGUUCACAUGAAUCCUGCAGGGAUCCGGACGAAGUCGCGGUGUCUCAGUCUCUCGUGUGUUCGCGGGGGUCGGUGUGUGUGUGAGUGUGUGUGUUCUCUGUAGUGAAGCAGAUCUCCCGUGGAUCUGACCCGGCUCUGGAGCUCGGGAUGACCCAUCGGCUGGAGGAGCGCAGACCUGCUGAUUCUUGACAUCAUGACGGAGUUCAGUAACCUGACGUCGCUCAUGAAUAACGUGAGCGAGUUCUCCAAUAACACGGCGAGCUGCCCGUUAACCAAGACUGGCUUUCAGUUUUACUAUCUCCCCAUCGUCUACAUCAUGGUCUUCCUCACAGGCUUCAUCGGAAACAGUUUGGCCAUAUGGAUGUUCGUGUGCCACAUGAGGCCGUGGAGCAGCAUCUCCGUCUACAUGUUCAACCUGGCGCUGGCCGACUUCUGCUACGUGCUCUCGCUGCCGUUCCUCAUCUUCUACUACUUCAACAAAACCGACUGGAUAUUUGGAGACGUCCUAUGCAGACUCCAGAGGUUCAUCUUCCAUGUGAAUCUCUACGGAAGCAUCCUGUUCCUCACGUGCAUCAGCAUGCACAGAUACUCCGGCGUCGUGCAUCCGCUCAAGUCGCUCGGGAGGCUGAAAAAGAAGAACGCCGUUCGCACCGUGGCGCUCGUCUGGUUCAUAGUGGUGGUGGGCAUCUCUCCCAUCCUCUACUACUCCCGAACCGGCCCUAAGAAGGAGUUAACCACGUGCUACGACACCACGACCGAAGACGAGCUGCCGGGAUACUUCAUCUACAGCAUGUGCAUGACGGUGUUCGGCUUCUGCAUCCCGUUCAUCAUCAUCUUCAGCUGCUACGGCGGCAUCGUCAAAGCCCUGAUCUGCAACGACAUGGACAACGCUCCGCUGAGGAGGAAGUCCAUAUACCUGGUCAUCAUCGUGCUCACGGUGUUCGCCGUGUCCUACCUGCCCUUCCACGUGAUGAAGAACCUGAACAUGCGAGCGAGACUGUACUUCCAGAGCCCGGACAUGUGUGUCUUUAACGACCGUGUGUAUGCCACGUACCAGGUGACCCGCGGCCUGGCCAGCCUCAACAGCUGCGUCGACCCGGUCCUGUACCUUCUUGCCGGAGACACGUUCAGACGCAGGCUGUCCAGAGCCACCAAGAAGUCCACCAGGAAGGGAGAUCACCCGGUGCAGUCCAAGAGCGAGGAGACGGCGCUCAACAGCCAGCCGGAGUGUGUCCAGAACGGGGACGACCGGGACUGACCUUCUCUUAGACUGAUGCUUUAAAGAUGAGUGUUACUCCUCCUGUGUUGCUCUGAAUGUUUUCAUCGACUGAUCCUUCACUGAUCAGCGUGUAACAGUCUGAAUAUAAGAAGCGCUGAAGACGCUGGGAUCUGUUCUCACUCAGUAGUUAAGAUGCACUAUACUGUAGAUAUUGAGUGGUUAUUAUUUCUCUACCUGUAUGUUUAAAGCAUCCGAGAUGUGUUUGUGAACCGAUGUGUGUUCUGCGUUUACUGUAAAUACGUGUGAUUAAUAUCCGCCUGUGAAUGAUGAAGACACUCUCAUAGCCAUGUUUUAAACAGUCGAUGAAUACUGUAAUGUAUGACUCUUUAACGAUCUGUAGUAUUUAAAGCUAAAACAAAUACAGAGACCUAAAUGAAAAGUACAUUAACCGCUCUUUAUUAUCAGGUCUACCAAAAGAUAGUGAGUUAGUGAAUAGUAUUGUAUGUAUAUUAUAUAUGUAUUGUAUCUUCUCAUUGUUAUAGCUGGAUCAUUUAGUUAAAAGCAUUUAAAAUGCAACAUGACUCAAGUAAUUGAAGUGGUUUACUGUAUGUUUCAUGAUGUUGAAUGCACUUAUCUGCUGAAGUGCUGUAGAUGACUAUCCUUCAGUCUGCUUUCUCACUCCAUUACUCUGUCUACUGUCCUGUCUGUCUUUAGUCUCUUCACACCCGUCUAGUUCAAGCCCUUAGAUAUCAGACUGAAAGAACAAGACGGGACGAGGAACGAGCGAGGAGUAAAUAAAGCUGCACUUUCUUUUCCUCGCA